GCACUCGAGCUGUUCGGUUUGGUUUGGUUUUGGUUGUUUAGCCAGCUUUAUUGUUUGGCCGCGUUAUUUCACUUCUCAAAAGACUAAGACCAAGACGUUGAGUUUGAAAUUGAGAUUCUUUUGUGCUGUCCCCUUUGCAUUGUGUGUGUGUGUGUGUGUCUUUGCCUCUGUCUCUCUGUUACGUGUUUCAAUCCAAAGUGUUGUGAAGAAAGCAAAUUAAAUUUGUACACAUAAAAAAAAACGUUAAACAUAAACGUAGCUGAUCCCCAAGUACAGCAAACCAAUAAACAAACCAAACACCAUCAACACCAACACACACUCACACAGUUUAAAAAUGGAAUACCGGUGCUUAAGUAGAAGUUCUGUCAAACACCUAACGGCACUCUGCGUCAUCAGCAUUGCACUCACAUGCGCCAAUGCGGCGUUGUGGCCCAGCUACAGCAGCAGCAGCAGCGUUGAUGAUGCUCCGCCCAGCAAAUGCGCCGGUGCGCGGGGACUAAAAUAUUUAUCAGGCGAUGCAUUGACGGAUUCACUAGACUGUCUGGGACCGAAUAAUGCGCCAUAUCCCAGCGCGGCUGUUGCGCGUACAUUCUCCAAUUGGAACGGAAAUUCGCGACGUGGACGUCAGAGCAAAUUGCCCAGCACAUUGGAUCCAGCAAUAACCACGAGUGCAUUGUUGAGGGCCUACGAUGAGGUUAACAAUGAGGCUAUCGGAAGCAAUCGUUAUGGUCGCUCGCUUAAGAACGCUUCACCGGCGCAACAGUGUAAGAGCGAUACGCCUGCGCGACUUUGCAAAACACGCUAUAAUACCACGGCGCCCAUGUAUGGCGUUAGUUUAACAUCUGGUCAGCCCGUGACCAUUGUGCAAAAGUUCCCUGAUCUGCUGCAACAAGUUGUCUUCGAGGUUUGCGAAUCCUCUGAAUGCGAUGUGGUGCGUGGUGAAUGCACGCAAACGUAUGUGCCUUAUCUCUUCUUGGUUAUACCAUUGGGGCCAGUAACGCUAACUGGCCAGGAUUAUGUGCUCGUUGAGAGCGGCUGUGUAUGCAAACCUAAAUACUCGACGGGAGCCGCUCAGGAACCCAACAUGAUACCAUAGGUAGAUCCAAAGGUGUGGUCACACUGGUAACACAACAGCAACCAAAAGAACUGAGCGAGUUUGCGAAGUGGAGCGUCUAAAUUUACUUACAUGAGAAAUUAUUUUUUGUAGCGAAAUCAAAUUUUCUAUGUUAUUUAAUCUUUUUUAAUUGUCAAUGACCAUGUUGGGAUUUUCAUAGUUAGGUAACUUUAUAAAGUUUUUGUUUGCCUCAUUUAAAAAAUCCCGACUAUUUUCUUCUAUGACCUGUAAAAAUGAAAUGGAAUUUUGCUCGAAAAAUAAUGCUAAAAUUAAGUUAACAAUUAAAAUUAAUUCAAUUAAAUUAAUUAAAAUUACAACGAGCAACAACAGCAGCAGUGCACAAUUUUAGAAUUCUAGUGAAAAACAAAUAAAUAGAAAAACACGCAGUUCACAUGGCGAUACAAUAUU